GAAGGCGGAAGCAGCAGCGGCCGCGGCUGGGGCUGAGGCUCCGGCCGGCGGCGGACGCAGCAGCCGUGGCCCACGAGCCGGGAGUUUGGCGUCGGAGCCAUUUGGUCUCGGAGUGCCGCGUACGUAGGCGACGCGGCGCAGCCCGGAGGAGCCGUCCCAGUUGGUUGUGAAGUCUCUAUGUGUGCGAUUGACAGACUGACAACAGAGCUACUAUGAGUCUCUCAAACUGUGAGAACAGCUACGGGUCCAGCCCAUCAUCAAGCGACUGCUGUGCCGCCAUGGCCACCUCCUGCAGUGCUGCGAUGAAGGAUGACAGCGUGAGUGGCUCUCCCAGCACGGGGAACCUCUCCAGCUCCUUCCUGGAGGAGAUCCAGGGCUAUGAUGUGGAGUUUGACCCUCCCUUGGAGAGCAAGUAUGAGUGCCCCAUCUGCUUGAUGGCUCUACGGGAAGCAGUGCAAACACCAUGUGGCCACAGGUUCUGCAAAGCCUGCAUCGUCAAGUCCAUAAGGGAUGCAGGUCACAAGUGCCCAGUUGACAAUGAAAUACUGCUGGAAAAUCAACUGUUUCCUGACAAUUUUGCAAAGCGAGAGAUUCUUUCCCUGACGGUAAAGUGCCCAAAUAAAGGCUGCUUGCAAAAGAUGGAACUGAGACAUCUCGAGGAUCAUCAAGUACAUUGUGAAUUUGCUCUUGUGAAUUGUCCCCAAUGCCAACGUCCUUUCCAAAAGCGCCAGGUUAAUACACACAUAAUCGAGGAUUGUCCCAGGAGACAGGUUUCUUGUGUAAACUGUGCUGUGUCCAUGGCAUAUGAAGAGAAAGAGAUCCAUGAUCAGAGCUGUCCUCUGGCAAACAUCAUCUGUGAAUACUGUGGAACAAUCCUUAUCAGAGAACAGAUGCCUAAUCAUUAUGAUCUAGACUGCCCAACAGCUCCAAUCCCUUGCACAUUCAGUGUUUUUGGAUGUCAUGAAAAGAUGCAGAGGAAUCACUUGGCACGACACUUGCAAGAGAAUACUCAGUUGCACAUGAGGCUGUUGGCCCAGGCUGUUCAUAAUGUUAACCUCGCUUUGCAUCCGUGUGAUGCCUCCUCUCCACCCCGGGGAUACCGUCCAGAGGACCCAAAUUAUGAGGAAACUAUCAAACAGUUGGAGAGUCGCCUAGUAAGACAGGACCAUCAAAUCCGGGAGCUGACUGCCAAAAUGGAAACUCAGAGUAUGUAUGUGAGUGAGCUCAAACGGACCGUUCGAACCCUGGAGGACAAGGUCGCCGAAAUGGAAGCACAGCAGUGUAACGGGAUUUACAUUUGGAAGAUUGGCAACUUCGGGAUGCACUUGAAAUCCCAAGAAGAGGAAAGACCUGUUGUCAUUCACAGCCCUGGCUUCUACACAGGCAGACCCGGGUACAAGCUGUGCAUGCGCCUGCACCUUCAGUUACCUACGGCUCAGCGCUGUGCAAACUAUAUAUCCCUUUUUGUCCACACAAUGCAAGGAGAAUAUGACAGCCACCUCCCCUGGCCCUUCCAGGGUACAAUACGCCUUACGAUUCUUGAUCAGUCUGAAGCAGUUAUAAGGCAAAACCACGAAGAGGUCAUGGAUGCUAAACCAGAACUGCUUGCCUUUCAGCGACCCACAAUCCCACGGAACCCCAAAGGUUUUGGCUAUGUAACAUUUAUGCACUUGGAAGCCUUAAGACAGGGAACCUUCGUUAAGGAUGAUACAUUGUUAGUGCGCUGUGAAGUCACUACCCGCUUUGACAUGGGUGGCCUUCGCAAGGAGGGUUUCCAGCCACGAAGUACUGAUGCCGGGGUGUAGCGUCCAUUUACUGGUGUUCAAAAACUAGGAACUGUGCCAUAUAGAAAAACUGUGCCUUCCAUGCCUGGUCCCAGGAAACUAUUCAGACAAGCAGUGGGAGGGGUGUAAGGCCUAGCAGCAGAUGUCAUCAGUGAGGCCAUGUCCCACUUCUUACUGUUAACAAAUACUGAGGCAAUUCCCAUGGGCACCUGCAUGCCCCCUGUGUCUUCAAAACCUCAAGGUUUGAAGGGCCGGUGGCCCCUCUGUCAGGGUGCCUCUCACUGUGCUUCCGUGGGCUUUCCGUCCAUGUACUUUACUGUCAAAAAGGCCAGCGUUAGUGUGCUCAAGCUCAAUCAUUUAAUAAUACUGGCACCUUAAAAACUUGAGGUGUUUUUAGGACAUUUAUUAUUAUACUAAACAUGAGAAUCACCGCUGCCUGUGCCGGUGCCAGUGGAAAAGUUACUGCUGUGGUGUUGAGUUCUCAUUUAGUCGACUCGUUUAGUUGACUCCUGUGAAUUUCAGAGGCUUCGAACCAUGGUCCCUGGGAAGCUUAAGUUCUCAAGUACUCCCCCUCUGUUGUUCACUAAGGACCCAGGGACUGGUUCAGCCCUCACUUACUCAGUGUGAAUGUAUUGUCCAUUGAACACCAAGCGUUCCCCUCUACUUUCAGAGUUCGAACUAUUGCUCCAGGCAGCAUCCUCCCGUGUGUUAUAGUGUGCUCACGUGGUUGCCAACUGUUGCGUGUUACUGCCACGUGACCUUUCUUGUCUGCUCAGUGCAGCUCAGUUUCUACCGCCUAUUACACAUCUUCUGUUGCUUGCAAACACAAAAUCUUCAGCCUAAACAAGUGAUUCAGCUCGUCAGCCAUUCAAUGGCAUCGCAUGGAUGAUGAUAGCAGCUCUUAUAGCCAGGAAGCCUCAGCCCUCUCAACUACCUUUUGAUUUAGCUUAGUUAAUUGAAAUAAAAUUGAUUUCCUCAAGGGGCUGGAGAAUUGGCUCAAUGGUUAAGCGCAUUGGCUGCUCUUCCAGAGGAUGCGCAGUCUGUAACUCCAGUUCCAGGGAAUCCAACACCUCAUACAGACAUUCAUACAGGCAGAACACCAGUGCACAAAUAAAUAAAUAAAUAUUGAUUUCCUCAAAACAAAACUUAGUGGAACUUGGGAAACUGUAGGUACUUGAGAGCUGCCUAAAUUGUCAUGGUUGCAUGGACACUCAGCUUUAGUGGUGGCUUUAGUCCAGCUCAGUAGAGGUUCUGAGUAUGUUCUGUGGAAUGUAUCAACAUGGCGGGUGUUCCUGAUGUGGAGAGAUGACUGUUGUGCUGCUGUGUAUUUGUUAAUGUCCUGUGCAUAUAGUACUUUGGAGUCUAGUUCUCAGGGAGUCCUACAACUAGUUAGAGCCUUUGUAAGGAAGCAGGGGGCAACCUCUACUGCUGUUUACCCAAGAUCAGUUAAGUGUUCUGGUAAUAAGAAAGUGUCCAGCUGAAUCAGAGUCCCAAGCCCUGUCCUGUUUCCAGAGAACGCUUAGAGCCCUCCACCAGGGAGUCUUGUUUUCAGCCGUAGCCAGCAAGGGCCACUUUGACCUCUCCAUUUUUCUGCUGCUUCCAUUCCACCCACAACAAUGAGGGAAAGACCUUGUGCCCUACUAUUAGCACAGGCUCAUCACAGGUCUCGGGUUGGGUCCUGGAUAUGUGUGUCCCUAGCUGUGCCUCCAGCAGCUCUGAGCCCCUUGUAGCGCCUUCUACCUAAGGAACACUGCGUGGCCUCUGUCCUGUAGUGAGUCCCAGUGCAUAAACAAAUGUGGGUUUGUUUGUUUGUUUGUUGUUGUUUUAAAGCAAGCAGUAAUUAUUUCUGUAUUUAUUUAGAAAUUGCCUGAAGAAAAUAUACUCAACUAUUUGAAGACUUAUUUUCUGUAUGCCUUUUUAAAUUUUUUAUGUUAUAAAUGUUGUUACCACACAAAUAUCAGCUCCCCACCCCAUUUCAUUUUUUUUGAAAAAGGAAAUGACAUUUAAGAACUUCCUGAUCAGAUUCUCUUUUUAAAAUAUCUGUAUUAGGAAAAACAGUCAUUUCCUGCCGUGGUUUUGACUUUAUUUUUUCUUUUAACUCUAGCAUCUUUUAAGGUUUUGUUUUUUGUUUUUUGUUUUAUUUUUUUCAUAAGUGAAACUGCUCCCAGCUUUAAAUUGUUCUACCUAUAAGGCAAGUUGGACUGGGUGUUUCUAGUGUCCGUGCUAAGCCGCAAUGCUCACUAAAAGGCUGUACCAGUAGAAAACUGGUGUGACUGUCCCUGCUGCUGACACAGAUGCGUCACAGAUGCUAAAAUGCACCUCAGGUAGUCUCAGAACGUAGAGCAUGUGUAACCAGUUGAUACUCGACUACCGUGAAUGCACAGGAAAGAUAAUCAAGCUGACAUUCAAAGGCAACACCUAGUAAGGUCACCUCAGGAUCAGUCUUAACCAAGAGAGCUGCUUCUGUACUUCACCACUUCGCCAACUCCUGAACAGUCUUUGUACCAGUCGACCUAUAAGAAUCUGUACAGUCCAGAGUGCAUCGGCCAUCUUUUCUUACAAGUCUAGAACAUCGCUGUUUUUAAAGUUGUUUCUUCUUAGAUUUACUAUUGAAGAUUUUUUUUCACCAAGUCAUCUAUUUUCGUAUUAGAAAUCAGGCCAGAUGGUAGUUGUAGUUUGGAAAUUGGUUGCUGUCCUUUAGCUAGUACUGUCUCUAGCCAUUCUGCUUUCUUUUAGAGAUUGAAGAGGAGGGCUAGGGCAUUAAAGUGCAAACCGUGUUCUCGCCCUCGUAAAAUCAACUGACAGGCGUUGGAUGAUCUCCAGCAAUUAAAUUUUGUGACUGGUAUAAAGUUGAAUUUGUACCAAUAUCAAACAAAGUCAGAUUAAUGUAAAUAAUGUGUAAUAUCUUCUCCUUAAGGGGAAGUUGCUUGUUUCUGCUUUAUCUAGAGUUUCUUUAAUUACCAUGUGACUAGAAAAUGUUUUAAUAACUAGCGAGGUUAUUCUUACUCAAGGCUUUGAAGUGCUUUUCCCUUUUUUUCUGUUGUUAACACACGUCUGACCUGCCUCAAAUUCUCUCCAUUGUCUUCACAUAAGAUGUCAUUACAUUUUUUAUGGGGUGCUUAGUUUGCCAGCCGCCUUAAGGGAGUGAGCAGGGUGCAGUCAGGAGUCUUGUGAUUGUCUGUUGAAAUACUCCUUUUAAUGUCAGCAUCCUCAGGGUAACCAUCAUUUGUUUCAAAGUUGAUGUGAAUGUCUGGGAAAUGGAUUGAUGCUUCCCAAUUCCCAGAAUCCAGAAAAAUGAAACAGAUGUGACCAACCUGAAAUUGGGACACUUGGUCACAAGCCUUGGAGUCAUUCAAAAAGGACUAAGCUAGUUAUUUCUCUGUGUGUCUUCUGUGUCCCUGAUGUUUUAAAGUGCUUAACCCCACCCCCACCCAAAAAAUCCAGGGUAAUAAAAGAAUAAUAAGAAAACAAGAAAAGAAUUCUAGUUGAAAACAUUGUGGAAUGUGGAGAGGAACUCCUUUUCCUGUCCUGUGUCUCCUCAGCAGAACCCAGCCCUGCCUGACAAAGAAGAAAAGGAUGGCCUUUUGGUCACCUGCCAUUUAGAAUGUAGCUCAGUCUGUCUCCUGAAACCCCAGUUGCCUUCAGUACAGGCUCCAGGAGAGGGCAGAGUUCUAGUCACUGCUGACCCCCUGUUCUUAGCAUACUGUGCAUGGACCUGGCUAAUAGGAACAGGACUUAAUGGAAGCCAGGGCGGAAGCUGACUGGCUUGGGGUCAAGUAAGUCACUUGGUGAAGUGAGAAUGCUUUCUCUGCUUUUCUCCGGGGACUUUACUAUGGCAGUUCUCAAACAUGGAAGUGCGUUUAAACGUCUAAUAAACACCUACCAUUGAGGAUCUGCAGUCACAUUAGGUUUGCUCUGGGAUUUAAUGUUACUUUAAUGUAAAUUCUAGUUUCUCUUUAAAACUGUUCAAUCCUGAAAUAAUUAAACAACUUAGAGUUGUGUAAAAUUCUCCUUGGAAACUUGUGGUAUUUUAUUAUAAUUCAAAUUGUAGCUUCUGCUUUAUGCCAACUUAAAAUUUGCAGAAAUAUUAUGAAGAAUUUUAAUCUCAUUUCUUUGUCUACAAGAGUAUUUUUCAUAAAGGAUUUAUUUGGAAGUUUCUGGUUAUGCAGAAUGUUACUUUCUUACUUGAGUGAAUUUGCAUGGGUAAAGGUAUAAUUUGGGACACAUUUUGCUAAAUACAUGGUUUCAGGAUUAUGUUCCCCAGGGUCUGAAAACGAGUGAUUUAGCAUAUAGCUACCAAAUUUGGAGUCAGGAUAGAGAUCGUUGUGAGGGUCUCCGUAGCCUCUGUCGCCAGCAGAGUGGUAAUCCUCGGGAGGCAAGAAUGUAGUUCAGUUCAACGAAGUACUUGCUUCAGAUUUCAGUAGUCAGACCCUGGGUGGUUUAUUUUUGGCAUAUUUAAGCCCUGCUCACCUUGGUGAAAACUUUUCUCGUGAUAAUUAACACAAUCCUGUAUAUAUGAUAAAGCAUAGGUAAAGGUACAAAGUGAGGUAAGGCAAGAUUAGAUAUGAACACAUCAAAACUUUAUAACAUGUGUGUAACACCUUCCAUAAUGGGCUCUUUUUUUUUUAAAUUAUAUUGAGUUUAAUGUUUAUUCCCAUACUUCAAGUAAUGGCUACAAUUUAGUGGACAAAAUAUCCAGAGAGUAAGCCUAA